AUGGACCCACAGGACACAUCUGUAGCCCUCGUGCUCACUUUGGUUCUCAGUCUCCUCAAGUUUGGGUCAGGACAGUGGCAGGUGAUUGGGCCAGAGAAGAUGGUUCAGGUGUUGGUGGGGGAGGAUGCAGUGUUCUCCUGCUCCCUGGCUCCUAAGACAAAUGCAGAGGCCAUGGAAGUGCGCUUCUUCAGGGAUCAGUUCUCUGCUGUGAUCCACCUGUACAGGGAUGGGAAAGACCAAAAUGAUAUUCAAAUUCCAGACUAUCGAGGGAGAACUGAGUUGCUGAAGGACUCCUUAGGUAAUGGGCGUGUCUCCCUGAGACUGAAGAAAGUCACUCUCUCAGAUGCUGGCCUGUAUGGGUGCUGGUUCAAAUCCCGGACUUACGAACAGAACACCAGCUGGGAUAUGCAGGUAUCAGCCUUGGGCUCAGCUCCUCUCAUUUCUAUGAUUGGAUAUUUCCAUGGAGGCAUCCAGCUGCUCUGCAAGUCCUCAGGUUGGUUCCCCAAGCCUAUAGUGAAAUGGAAAAAUUCACAUGAACAUAAUUUGCCUUCAGACACAAAGGUAAAUACAGAUAAACAUGGCUUAUUUGAUGUGGAGACCUCCUUUACCAUCCAAGAAAAUUCUGGGAGUAUAUCAUGUUCCGUCCAGCUCACCAACAAUAGCCAAGAGUUGGAAUCCAGGAUUUGGAUAGGAGACCAGAGAAAGCAUCAUGGACAGGCAGAACUGAGAGAGGUGAAGAAACAUGCAGUGGAGGUGACUCUGGACACAGACAUGGCUCACCCCCAGCUCUACAUUUCUGGUCUGAAAUCUGUGAUAUAUAGGAAAACACUCAAAGUGAUGCCCUACUUGGAGAAGAGAUUUAAUAGCAUGUGUGUGGUGGCUAUUCAGUGUUUCCGGGCAGGAAAACAUUACUGGGAGGUGGAUGUGGGACACAAUGAAAGGUGGUAUUUAGGUGUAUGCCGGGAUGAUGUGGACAGGGAGGAAGAGAAUGUGACUUUAUCUCCCAACAAUGGAUACUGGGUUCUUGGAGGGGAGAGAGAUCAGUAUUUCACACUCUAUCCCCAUAGAAUCAGCCUCUGUCUGGGGUUCCCUCCUACACGAGUGGGGGUCUUCCUGGACUACGAAGGUGGGACCAUCUCCUUCUACAAUACAAAUGAUCAGUCCUUCAUUUGCACCCUGACACAUCAGUUUGAAGGAUUAUUGAGGCCCUACAUCUGGCAUCAGAAAUUAGAUGGAAAUGUGACUCCCAUUGUCAUGUGUUCUGUGUCCCAGGAAUCAGAAAGGAAGUCUCUUUUCAGAGGGUGCCCACUCCCCCAAAUGUGGACAAUGUAG